ACCGGCCGGUCCGGUUCCAGGUUCCAGGGUUGGGGGAUCACCUCCUCGCGCGCUGUGUCAACGGACAAAACCACCGCCGCCGCCUCCUUCUUUGGCUCUGCGCAGCGAGCGAGGAGAAGGUCGGCGACGAACGCCCCGCGUCUUCCUCCGCUCGAGCCUCCGAUUCGACUCGCUCCGACGCUUCAAAUCGAUCGGUCGAGGUGCGCUGGAGCGAGAAGAGGCGGUUCGGAAGAGUUCGGUCGGGGCAGGACAAAGGAGGAACUUCACAUGGGCGAUCCGGCGCAGCUGUGUGAUGUGGACGGUGGAGAGGAAUCGCUUAGGUCAUGUGGUCAUGCUUUUGGUAGUGUUAGAAGCGAUGAUUGCAAUGCAAUAAUCUUGCCGAAAAGGAAGAGGAAGGAUAGGAAAGGCAUGAAUCAGAAGCAUGGGAAAAUAAAAUCAAAGACUGUGCCUAGUCCUGGAAUAUCUCAAAAGAGAAAGAAUAAGAAAUUGGAGGAGGAGAAGCAAAAGGCCGUGCUUCUGUCGCGAAGCAUGGAGUUGUUGGAGAAGUACAAGAUUCCAGAUUCUGCAUACUCACUGCUGCAGUCAUCGCAGAAUAUUGGAAGGGCUGAAACCAUGCGUGAAAAACGUUUGAAGGUUGUGCAAUUUUCCAAGGCUGGGCUAAGAGAUCCCCUUGGGAGCAGAGAUGUUGGCAAUGCUCCUAGUGAGAGUGAGCGUAUAUCGGACAGUUGUCAAUCAAUUUGCGAGCAAGAUAUUGGCAGCAAUGGUAUUUUGGAGCCAACUAAAGUACAAAAGAGAUGUUUAGAUAGUGGGUGUGCUCCUUUUGACUCUUCUCAAGAAUUGGUUGGUGGCAAAAGUUUUGACACUGGUAAGGAAUCAAUUGAGCAACUUCCGGUUAGACAAGCUACCUACAGUGAUACAUUCAGCGGUGGAGAUAUGCAAAUUUCCUCACACAUAACUCGCACUCAUGAUGACAGAGAGAAUGCUUGCUGCUCGGAUAGGGCAGAGGAUACUUUGAAAUCAGAGUUUGACAAGACAAGCCUGUCGCAGUUAUGUGGGCUAGUGACUACCCCUAUUAUAGUGCAUGUAUCGAGGCCAAAGGAAGUUGAAGACAAGAGAAAAGAUCUUCCGAUAGUCAUGAUGGAGCAGGAGAUAAUGGAAUCUAUUAAUUACCAUUCCACUGUUAUUAUCUGCGGAGAAACAGGCUGUGGUAAAACAACACAAGUUCCCCAGUUUUUGUUUGAAGUGGGAUUUGGUUCAAAUCAAUCUACUGUGCGAAGUGGAAUAAUUGGUGUAACUCAACCACGUCGGGUUGCCGUCCUUGCUACUGCAAAGCGUGUGGCAUAUGAACUUGGUCUUCACUUGGGUAAAGAAGUGGGCUUUCAGGUUAGGUAUGAUAAACGAAUUGGAGAUCGUUGUGCCAUCAAAUUUAUGACUGAUGGAAUCUUAUUGCGAGAAGUUCAGAAUGACUUUUUGUUGAAGCGUUACUCCAUCAUUGUUCUGGAUGAGGCCCAUGAGAGAAGCUUGAACACUGACAUACUUAUCGGAAUGUUAUCACGCAUUGUACAAUUACGUCAGGAUCUAUUUGAGAAACAGCAGAAAAUGUUACGAUCAGGACAAUGUCUGAGUCCUGAAAGCGUGAUUUUUCCAUUAAAACUUGUGUUAAUGAGUGCCACCUUGCGAGUAGAAGACUUCAUUUCUGGAAAAAGGUUGUUUCGUGAUCCUCCUCCGGUGUUGGAAGUUCCUACUAGGCAAUACCCAGUCACCAUACAUUUUUCAAAGAGAACAGAAAUUUUAGACUAUAUUGGUCAAGCGUAUAAGAAGGUAAUUUCAAUAAACAAGAGGCUGCCACCUGGGGGCAUACUUGUUUUUGUUACUGGGCAGAGGGAAGUUGAGCAUUUAUGCCGAAAGCUUCGCAAAGCUUCAAGACAGCUAAUUGACAAAACCUCCAAGGGAAAUGGAGUGAAUGAUCUCAAUGCAGUCUCUGAGUUAGGCAAUACCGAGGGAGUCAAUUUAAAAGAAAUUGAUGAGGCAUAUCAGCUUGAUACUAACCAAGUCAACCAGCAAACUGACAGGUUUACUUCUUAUGAGGAAGAUCAGUUUGAUGUGAGUGAGGAAGAGUCAGAUGUGUCUCAUGAUUCGGGUUCAGAUAGUGACUGGGAGACUAUUGAUGAUGAUGUUGGGCAUCCGUUGGACGAGAAAAAUCCUUCAGAUGAUGGUGGCCUUUCUGAAGUUCUUGGGGAGGAGGGAACACUUGCUUCACUAAGAGCUGCUUUCGAAGCUCUGACUAAUAAAAUUUCUUCAAACUGCAAGACAGAAUCGACAAACUCAACCAAUCAGGGAGGAGACUCGGGUGGGAUGGAUCUCAGUAUGGGGAAGAAUGGGGUAGAUAAUGGUUCUCAUGCUUGUCCAAUGCAUGUCUUGCCACUUUAUGCAAUGCUUCCUGCAGCACAACAGCUUUGUGUAUUCGAGGAAGUCAAGGAAGGCGCACGACUAGUGGUUAUUGCAACGAAUGUUGCUGAAACUUCUUUAACUAUUCCUGGCAUAAAGUAUGUAGUUGAUACUGGAAGAGAAAAGGUGAAGAGCUACAACUCUUCCAAUGGGAUGGAGACGUAUGAAAUACAAUGGAUAAGUAAAGCAUCAGCUGCCCAGCGUGCUGGAAGAGCAGGAAGAACUGGUCCUGGUCAUUGCUACCGUCUCUACUCUUCUGCAGUCUUUAAUAACAUAUUUUCUGACUUCUCCUUAGCUGAAAUAUCUAAAAUACCUGUUGACGGGGUUGUCCUUCUCAUGAAAUCUAUGGGUAUUGAUAAGGUUGCAAAUUUUCCAUUUCCGACACAGCCGGAACCAACAGCCUUGCUUGAAGCAGAGCGCUGCUUGAAGGCUCUUGAAGCACUUGACAGUAGUGGGAAAUUGACGUCCUUAGGGAAAGCCAUGGCUCGUUAUCCAAUGAGUCCCCGCCAUUCUAGGAUGCUCCUAACUGUUAUUCAAAUCAUGAAGACGGUUGAUAAUUAUGCUCGGGCAAGCUUAGUUCUCGGAUAUGCAGUUGCAGCCGCAGCAGCUUUAAGCUUGCCAAAUCCUUUCAUCACGCAGCUUGAAGGGAGUAAAUCGGAUGGAGAAGGGUCGGAGAAACUCGAGGAAUCUGCCUCUUUAAGCAGGGAACGUAGGAUGGACAAUCAAGAAAAAUCCAGGAAAAAGGAACUUAAAGAAGCUAUUCGAGCGUCACGUGGGAAGUUUUAUAAUCCAUGUAGCGAUGCUCUCUCCAUUGCUUAUGCGCUACAGUGUUUUGAAUCUUCCAAAAGUCCAGUAGCUUUCUGCGAUGAAAACUCAUUUCACCUUAAAACAAUGGAGGAGAUGUCGAAGCUGCGAAAACAACUGCUUCAAUUGGUUUUUGCUCAAAGCAUUGACUUCAACCCUAAAUUCUCUUGGACUCAUGGUACGCUAGACGAUGUAGAACGUGCCUGGAGGGUUCCCUCUAGUAAGCACCCUCUGCAAUUGAAUGAGGAAGAGGUCUUGGGCCAAGCUAUUUGUGCCGGUUGGGCAGAUAGAGUUGCAAAACGUAUUAGAGGAGGUUCAUCAGAAGGGGAUGGAAGAGCUCGUGCAGUUCGGUAUCAGGCUAGCAUGGUUAAAGAAACCGUAUUUCUCCAUCGUUGGUCCUCUCUCUCUAACUCGGCACCCGAGUUUUUAGUGUACAGCGAACUGCUUUAUACCAAGAGACCAUACAUGCAUGGAGCAACAAGUGUGAAGUCCAACUGGCUCGUGAAGUACGCUAAGUCUUUGUGUAGUUUUUCUUCACCUCUCACGGACCCUAGGCCUUAUUAUGAUCCCAGAGCCGAUAAAGUUCUCUGUUGGGUGGUCCCUACCUUUGGCCCACACCUUUGGGAGCUUGCUUUGCAUAGUGUGCCUAUUCUUGAUGAUACACAUCGUGUCGCCGUAUUUGCCUAUGCAUUACUAGAAGGUCAAGUUUUGCCAUGCCUAAAAUCUGUGAGGAAACAUAUGGUUGCUCCACCUGCUACCAUUCUGAGACCAGGGGCGUUGGGCCAAAAAAGGGUCGGUAAUCUUCUCUUUAGUUUGAAAAGUAGGAUGAUCGACUGUUGUGCUAGGCUACGGGAGGUCUGGAAGCAGAAUCCGAUGGAAUUGCAUUCAGAAGUUUCGGACUGUUUUCAGGGAAAUUUUCAGCAUCAAUUUGAUGUGCUCUGGUCCCAAAUGCUGUCUGAGGUACCUUCAGAACAUCGGGGACGGUUUCCGAAGAGGGCAAAGCGUGAGAGAAGAUAAAGCAAACUGCUUAAAGAAGAGCUCGGUUAAGAUUUUAUGGUGACACUUAUUCUUUAAAUAGUCAAAUGUGGCAAAUUGUGAUCUUAAUUAGGCUUUAGACGGUAUCAUUUAGAGAUUCAAACUCCAUGAACAGAGAAGGCGCGUCUUCUUCCUCGAUCCAAAAACGACGCAAGCAAUGACAUUGCUUUGGCCAAUCUAGGAGACGUUGCAGCUGGCUGCGGCUGCCGCCUAAGAUAAGAUUGUGACUGACGAUGGUGUCGUCGCUGGCCACGAUAGCUGCCGCUGAACCUUAGCUUUUGCAGGGUCAGUUGAUAGAAGACCCUUUCUCCUUUGCUUGCACUUAACAAGUGCUCUGGCUUUUCUUUACGUAUGUUAUCUUGGUCAACUGAGAAGUGGGUAGAUCUUCAGUUAUUCUGCAUACGGUUGGAGAAAACAUCUAGAUUUAAGCGCCAAACGGAACCUGUCCUGUAUUUGAGAUAUUGAGGAAUGAAAGUUUCCCAUAAAUAA